AUGAGAAACAACGUCCUCCAGGUCCUCGUCAAAUCGACGGCCAUGCCCUUCCGCUGGCUGAAGAGCUCCUACCGAUGCUUUUACUGUUACGACAUAUUCACUGAACCCUCGGAGCUGAAGAACCACCAAUCCCAACAUUUGGGUGAUGAAAUAAAGGAGACCACGAUGAAUAAGUAUUGGGAGACAGUUGUGUACGUGGAUGUAUCGGAGCUAGCAUGCCGGUUGUGCCCGGAGAAUAUUAGUGAUUUGUACGAGUUGAUAAACCACCUCGUCGACAAGCACGGCGUGGUCUACAAUAAGGAUGUCGGCAAUUGCAUGAUACCAUUCAAACUUGACAACUUCUCGCUUAACUGCCUGUCUUGCGGCGCAACUUUCUACACGUUUGGCACUCUCUUGCAGCACACCAACAAAGACCAUAAGGGCACGUCGGCUAUCCUAUGCGAGAUAUGCGGACAGAACUUCAAAGACGCGAACCUUCUGCGUCUCCACGUCAAGUCCAUGCAUGAGAACAUAAGUCUGCUAUGCCAAGAGUGCGGCGAGAAGUUCGACAGCAAAUACAAGCUGAAGAACCACCAGAAGUACGAGCACGACCUGGAUAAGAAGAAAUAUAAGUGUCUCGUUUGUCCAGAGGUGUUCCGCAGUCAUUAUAAGCGGUCGCGGCAUAUGGUCGAGGAGCAUAAGAAUCGGGAAGUGAUUAAGUGCCUCCAUUGCCCGAAAACGUUUGUUUUCCGGAGUAUGAUGAUGACCCAUCUCCGGGACGCCCAUCUGAAGGUCAGGAACCACAUAUGCAGCGUCUGCGGCUGGAAGGCCUUUACCAGUCAUAGACUGAAGAACCACAUGUACAAGCAUAGCGGGGAGAAGAACUUCAAAUGCGACGGUUGCGAUAAGAUGUUCACGACGCGGAAGAUUAUGCGCGCGCAUUUUGUGAGGAUGCACAAGGGGGUGCCGCCGAAGGGCAUGGUCUAUGAUGAGGCAUAUGGCUAUUGA